AUGUACGCCCUCCAACGAUUACUGUACGGAUUCCCCGAGCCGGCUCCGCACAAACGCACCAAGCCCGUCGAGGUGCUUUGCUUAGGCUUACCACGGACCGGAACGGAGUCCUUAAGCGUAGCCUUGCGACAACUGGGCCUGCAAACAUAUCAUGGCUGGGACUUGGUCUUCGAGCCAGAUGGCAGCAAGCUGCAACUGUGCAAUGAGCUAGUGCGGCGGAAAUACAACGGUGCCCGCGAUGGCGAUGUGCACAUUUCUCGCACGGAGUUCGACGUUCUCGUCGGUGAUAGCCAGGCAGUGGUUGACUCGUUGUGUGCGUUCUUUGCCCCCGAGCUGCUCGCUGCUUACCCAGACGCCAAAGUGGUUCUCAACGUGCGACCCGAUACAAACGCCUGGUACCGCAGCAUAAACAACACCAUUGUCGAUGAAGUGGAUCGCUCGUGGGUUAUAUGGGGGAUGCAGUGGUUCUCCGCAGAGUUCCAUUGGCUGUACAGUCUUUACUUGAGAAAUGGAUAUCCAGGCAUCUUUCACAGCGACACCACCAAAGAGGGUAUCCAGCGAAACGCAAAGUGGGUCUAUCGCGACCACUGCAACAUGGUUCGCGGUAUGGUGCCCAGGGAGAAUUUGCUUGAGUGGUCUGUCGGCGAUGGCUGGGAGCCGCUUUGCAAGUUCCUCGACAGGCCUGUUCCCGACGAGCCCUUCCCGAGGACUAACAAUCCGGGCGAUUACGCUGAUCAUGCAAACGAACUUCUCAGAAAGCGCUCCUUUCAAUGUCUGCGCAACCUGACUCUCACCGUCGUGACUCUAGGCGGGAUUACCACUGCUGUUGUGAUGUGGUGGCAGGGACAGAUACAGAUUACGAGGCUGAGCGAUCUCAGGCGAUUCGCUCAAACGACAUAG